UAUGCCAAAAUCAGUUAUCCAUACAUCUAUAACAUUAAUGUUCAAAACGAGGAAAUAUUUAAGAGAAAGUCCGUAUUUCAUAAUAGUUUGGGAAAACAAGAUGUGCUACUCAAUGAAAGUCAGAUUAGUUAUUUGCGGAUUUUGACUGGUUGUGUUAGUGUCAAAGUAGCAAAAAUACGAUGAACAGUUUGAAUCAUGAUCUCAAAAAUAGCUAAAAGCUUGAACCCUAGAAGGUUUAUAUGCAGGUUUAAGAGACACCCAUGUUGGUUUAAGUUUUCAGGCAUAGUAACAGUGAUUGUUGUUCUUUUAUGGUACAGGAAAUACGCAGCAUUCAAGGUUUCCAAAACAAUGACAAAAAUGAAAUGCAGGGCAGAAGCAUUAGAAUCUCAUUCUACCAUCAUGGGGAACCCCCACCCAAGUACAGAUAACUGGAUAGUAGUGACAACAAUAUACGCACCUUCCCCCCAGCUUGAAGCCCUUAGUCAUCUAAAGAACUGGCAGCUACUCAUCAUAGAAGAUGAGAAAACUCCAGUAGCACAUUGGAAGAGCCAUAAAAUUUUACAAGGUUCCAUCUAUUUAGACUUGGGAAGCCAGAAACAGCUGCCAUACUGCAUUGUUCCAAUGAUUCCGAUCAACAGCUAUACAAGGAAAAACAUUGGAUACCUUUACGCAAUAAAGCAUGGAGCCAAGUACAUAUAUGACACAGAUGAUGAUAACAUGCCAGAACCACAAGACAAUAAUGCAAUGUACUCUUUAUCUACACAUUCCGGGUUUCUAGUAAAACCAGCAGGAACUUUAAGUAUUGUCAAUCCUUAUCCAUAUUUUGGCAAAGAUAACAUAUGGCCCAGGGGAUUCCCCCUCGAAUUGAUUAGUGGCCAACAAACCAAGAAAGACCUGCUGAAACAUUUUAAGCUUGAAGAAUAUAAAUUUGAUGACUCAGUCGUAAUUCAUCAUGGUUUAGUGAAUGCUGACCCAGACGUAGAUGCAAUAUACAGACUUACAAAACCAGAUCAUAAAAAUGUAGAUUUACAGCAAAACUUACCAAUCGUCCUAGAUAAUACCAUUUAUGGGUUAUUUAAUUCUCAGAAUACAGUCUUUGAAAGAUCGUCCUUCUGGGCUUUGAUUUUACCUGUCGGGGUGACAAUGAGGGUAACUGAUAUAUGGCGAUCCUAUUGGUCUCAAACUUUGAUGAAACUGACCGAUCAGAAGUUAGCAAUCUUAUUUACAAGCGUAAACCAGACAAGGAACAAACAUUCAUAUUUAGACGAUUUUAUUCAGGAGAAUGAUCUCUAUGUGAAAAGUGGAAAACUUUUGGAAUAUCUAUCAACAUGGAAAUGCCAUGGUACAGAGUUUACAGAUUGUGUCAUAGAACUCUCCCAUGAUUUAGUAAAAUCACAUUUUUGGACAUACAAGGAUGCAUACUUAGUAGAAGCAUGGAUAUCUGAUUUGAAAAGUAUCGGAUAUGUUUUUCCUGUCAUUGAUGGGCUAGUAUAAUUCUAACUUGAUGUGAAUUUAAUAAUUUUACUUGUAUAGUAUUACAGACUUUUUUGAUGUAUGAAAGCUAGAAAGUGGAAAUAAUAUGUCCCCACGUUAUUUUCCCAAUGAAACGUUUUUCAUAAAAUUGUACUAUUUGAUGCAGAAUAGGCUUUGUAUAAAAAACCU